AUGGCUUCAAUGACAAAUACAAAUCCUUUACUUGAAUAUUUGGAGGAUGGAAAAGCAUAUGAUUUAGAAUUUGGUGAUACAUGGAAUUCAAUUAAUGAUGGAAAUUCAUCGAAAUAUGCUUAUCAUACAAUUAAAUAUGAUUUCAAACCAGCAUCUGUUGCAAAAUCUGAACAAGCUGAGUUAAGUGUAGGUCCAACACAAGAUGUUUCAAUUACAUUACCAAAUGUGGAAGGUUCGUUAACUCAAUCAACAAAAUUUUCUGGUAGUACAAAACCAUAUACGCCAAAAGAAUGCUUAAUGAUAAUUGAUCCUCGUACUGGAAAAAUAGUACUUGAAAAAUUAUCAGCAAAUGUUCGAGUAAAAAAUGUUCGAGUGGAAAAUCGUCCUGUAAAUCAACCAAUAAGACCUGCAGUUCCACGUGUAAAUAUAGCUGAAUCUCAGCCAGAUAAAAAGCCUACUAAAACAACAACAGUGGCAUCAACAACAGUAGUAGCAGCAGUAACAGCACCACUACUACCACCGCCACCACCACCAACAACAACAAUAACAACAACAACAAAUAAAUCAAUAACACAAAAAGUGACAAAUUCUAGUAAACCAAUAGUUAAUGCACCUGUUAAACCGAUGCCAAGCAAACGAUUAUCUCCUGCUGAUGAUCGACUUAGUGAUGACGAAUCUUCACCAGAUGCAUUUGAAAAUGUUCCGACAUAUUCAUUGAAUCCAGCACCGGUACAAACACAUACAACACCAAGACGUUCAUCACAUGGAUUACUCGAAGAUGAUCUUCAACUUAGUGAUACAACUGAUGAAGAAGAUUCACAAAUAUAA